AUGGAGGAGGACUCCUGUGGUACAGCAGGUUCGAUGAGCGGUGUUGGCUACUGGAAGCAGAAUCUGUAUCUUCUGCAAGAGCGUGCACCUAAGCCCAUGGCUGUUACAUGUGACCGAAUAAUUGAAAAUAGACCUCCGCAGUAUGGCGAUGAGUUUCAUGGCCUGAUAAAUAGGAUAGAGGCAGAUCGCAUGCUUGUGGAAGCAGGUGAAGGUGCAUUUCUUGUUCGAGAAUCUCUUCGUUCUCAGGACGCAUUCACACUUUGUAUGUUCUUUGAUGGGCGUGUGCUGAAUUAUAAGCUUUAUUACGAUGGGACUCAUUAUGUGGGAGAGAAGCGGUUUGAAACAAUAGAGUUAUUAGUUGCCGACGGAUUGAUCUCAAUGUUUAUGGACAAACAUGCUUCAGACUAUAUUAAACGAAUGGCUGACGAAGCAAUCUACGAGCAUAGCCCGUACAUGCAGUAUACGAAGAGCACUGAACGCAAGCCAAUUGCUCGUUCUCAUAGUUUCACACCGCAUACCUUUAAAAUGCCUCACUACUGUGAUUACUGCCGAAAUUUCAUGUGGGGACUGGUACAGCAGGGUGUACGGUGUGAAGACUGUGGUUUUGCUGCUCAUAAGCGCUGUUCUGAGCACACAUUACCAGAUUGUCGGCCGGAAGCUCGAUACGUUAAGAGGAUGUUCGCUGUUGACCUCACAACACUCUGCUUAGCGCAUUCCACGCCAAUUCCUCCUGUAGUCACCAAAUGUAUUCAAGAGGUUGAAGUGCGUGGGCUCAAUGUGGAAGGUAUUUACCGGGUAUCUGGAUCUCAUGAUCACAUGGAGAAACUAAAAAGGCAAUUCGAUUCACAGCAAGUUGUUGAUUUGAAUCAGGUGGACGACAUUCAUACUAUCUGCGGGCUUCUGAAGCUCUAUUUACGACUGUUGCCACAACAACUCGUCCCGUUCAGUGUAUACAAGGCACUUCUCGCGGCCUUUGCAAGUGCGCGUAGUGUGCACGAAAAGACUAGAGCAUGCCGAAAAGCAUUAGAGGAACUUUCCGAAGCAAAUGCCCUUACUCUGAAUGCCUUAUUAAUACACUUACGCAAGGUGGCAGAUCACAGCGCACAAAACAAAAUGAGUGUGGAGAACAUCUCAACGAUUUUCUCACCAACCUUAUUUUGUACUGGGGUGAUUCCAUCACUACCACAGCAACAGCAUAUGUUACUACAUUUUAUGAUUCGUACACCGAGGAUUGUUCCAUACGUUUGA